AAUUACUUUCUGGUCGUAAAAGAGGCAAGACAAAAUAGAGAUUUGUUUUCCCCAGCAUUUGAGGUGGUCAAUAAUUAGCUUGAAGCUUGAUGGACCCCACCAUCCUCUCUCUUAGUGCACCCACAUCCACAUUCUUCCAUCCAAUCCAUUCUCAGUUUGUUUGUUUCUUCAGGCACACCCUCAACAGCCACAGAAGUACUGGGUCAAGACCUCACAAAAUAGCUCAGUACCUUACUUACUCAAACUUUUAUCAACCAUAUUGAAUUCAAUCACUGGCUCUUGAAUCGGAGCUACACCAUCAAUGCCAGGCACUAUCAAGGUUUCAGUUCUGGAGUUCAAGGACCUUCCAUCUUCAAUCCCACCUUCAUCAAUGUUGACGAAGGUUACGAUGGGGAAAAGAGAGUAUCAAACUCGGGACAAGGGGGACUUCUCUUUCCCAUUAACAGCCCUUCGCGACAAUGUGACUAUUACAAUUCAGGAUACCGAGGGUAAUGAAAUGUCACAAACAGUUGUUCAAAUCAUGUCGGUUGUGGAAAGAGGUUCAUGGGAUGAGUUUAUCUCCCUUGAAGGAGGGGGAAAUGUGCGUAUGAGGUUGCAGUUUGUUCUUAGCGAAGACGAGCGCAAUCAAGUUCGUACCAUGAGAGAAUCUGCAAUGAAGAAGAAAAGUGAUGAACUGCUCAGUAAGAGUCUCAGACGUACUGAAACUGCUAGUACCACUGGUGAUACCGUCACAUCAUCUUUGGGCAUCAACCAUGAGGUCUCAGAUUCAAAAAGAAGUGUUGCCCAUAGCCAAGCAUUGAGCAUUGGAGAUCCACCCAUGCGAGUUGGAGAUGGAGGAACUUCUUUUGACGAGAGACAAAUUGAGCCAAAUGAUACAGAUGAAAGUGAAGAGACUUCAUUGGCGGCCUCCAUGUCAAAAAGCCUAGAACUGGAUCUUGGUGUUUUAAGUAGGAAAUCAAAGCAGAAUAUUGAGACUAAGUUACAACAAGUUGGUCUUCCCAAAAGACCGGUUUUACUUCAAGAACCUACAUCUGCUACGAAGAAGAGUUUAGUUUCUUCCAAGCUGAAGAUGUUUCAGGCUGAUCAACCAGAGAAGCAGGAUCCCCUUGGGAAAACUCCUAGCAAUGAUAUCAGACCUGGUAUUAAACCACCACCAGCAGUGAAAUUGCAAUCUAAGGAUCCAAAAUUGGAGGAUUUAGCUAGGCCAAGAAAGACAACUUCUGAAAUGCUCAAGAAGCCUUCUCUAUUUGGGGAGUCGCAAAGAAUCCAGAAAUAUGAAAUGAAAAGGGAAGAGCAUAUUGGUUUUGGUAAAGAUUAUAAUGGGGAUCAAAUUUCGGAAGUUAUCAGGAAGCCAGUCAAGCUGACUUCUGAAAUGCUCAAGAAUCCUUCUGUAAUUGGGGAAUCACAACAAAUCCAACCAUACAAAGCGAAAAAGGAAGAGCAUAUUGCUUCUGAUAUUGAUUUAAAUUGGUGCAAAUGGUCUCAGGAUGCUGGGCAGUUGGAGGAGCCAAGUACCACACAUAUACGAGUCAAAGAAAAUGAAUCAGUUACGAAGCCAAAGGGAGGUUUGGGGAGGUCAGGGGAGGUCCAACAAAUACAUACAUACAAAGCGAAGAGAGAAGAGUAUUUUGGUUUUGAUGAAGACUUAAAUAGGAGCAAAUCAUCUCUGGACACUAGGCAGUUGAAGGAGCCAAGUAUCGCACAUAUCCAAGUAGAAGAAACCAAAUCAAUUGUGGAGAAUGAAUCGAGAAAGAGCCCAAAUGAUUUGGAAGGAACGUCAGCGGUUGAAGCAGCUACAGUCGUGGAGAGGCAUGGAAGUGGAAUUUGCUCUACUUAUUCCAAUCGAAUAGAUAUCCAAGGGGUUUCAGAGGAUAAGUUGGAAUCAGCAACUUUAUUUGAAAAUGAAGAUUUUACUUGUGAAAGCUCUGAUGCCUGGAUAUUCCCAGAUCACGUGAGGCGCUUGUGUAUAACUACUGGAAGCAUAGAAGUAGAAUCAGGUUUAGUUGAAGGUUUUCGAAUCCAAGAAAGGACACCUGAAGGAAGAAACUGUUUUUCAUUGCCAGAACAUGUGGAAAAGCCAAAUAUUCAACCUGGAGAUUGCGAUGUGUUGAAUAAUGGUGACGAGAUUUCUGAUGAGCUGAGAACAACACAGCUUGAUAAUUCUGCCCAAGUUGAAUCUUCUAAUGGACCACUUGGACAGGCAGUAAAAGUUGCAAUAAUGGUAGCUUUUGGAGUACUUGUUUUUUUUACAAGACAAAGAAAACACAGGUCUGCUUGCUAUUCUCAUAUAAAUGACUAUUGCAUAGUUUUCUUGAACUAUCUGGUAUUAGGAUUGUACCGAAUGUGGAUCCACCUAACUCCAAAAUAGACUCCGUAAGCAAAAGAAUUCAUUUAGUUUUAAGGAAGCAUAGGAGACAUUUAUUUCUUGCAAGUUGCGACAGGUAUUUGAGGACCUUUUCUAGCGAUUCUUUUUUUUAGUAGUGGCAGUGCAAAUGAAUUGUUCAGUCUGUGCAUACACAGACUUGUGAGACCCACGUCCAGCUGACGGUUUUAACUUGUAUAUGGCAACUACCCGCAAAAGAAAACGAAAAAAAUUAAGAACUUGUAAGCCAAAAGCACCUUCAAAUUCCCUCUUUGUGAUAUUGCAGAUAAGAUCUUGGGGAUUAGAUGCAACUGUCUCUUAACUGCCAAUGCUAAGAAUGCUGCUGGUCUUGGGAUCUACAGCUAUCAUCCUCAGUGCUGGAUCAAAUAUGCUGUAUCCACUUAAUUCUUUUUGUUACCUGUGAUAAAGCAUGUACAAACAGGCCUUCAUGAUCGAAAAUUAUGAUCUCUGUUCUAAAUUUUGCAAAUGUAAGGUGAAUUACAAUCUCUGUUGUAGAUUUUCAGAUGACCACUUUUUGUAUUGGAUAGCAUUUAUUGGUCUGAUCAUAAAGCUUUUUUGGAGGUCUUGAUAUGUGCAUCAUAACUCCAAAAAAUUAGGUUGAUCGGGCAUCAAUAUUCAUUUCAAUGAAACAAUAUUUGUUAAAUAAGACUAGAAUCAUUGAAUA